AUGGACAAACAAGAACAUGACACAGUGAGAUACAGAAGACGUGUCAGAAUGGUGACAGCAUCUUUAAUUAUUAUGGUUGCUGAAUGGGACAAAUACGGUGAUCUGCUGGUAAUCAGAGCUGGGGAGCGGAAAAUGACUAUCAUCAUCUUCAUAACCUAUAUAUAUUUACAUUAUCAACAGAAAUGCAAUGGAUUUGUACCUUCCCAGAAACUUUCUGUACUUUAUUGCAGCUGGGGCUCAACUCUGACUUCUGUGAGGGCUCCUUCUAUUUUGGAAAAUAAUGCUGUCUCUUACAAUGCCAAAGCUUUUGGAAGGCAAGCUGGAAAAAAAGCUUUUUGGCAAGAUUCUUGGUUAGCAAAAAGUUUGUACCAGUAAUUUGAAAGACCAGUUUCUGUAAUGUUCAGUCCUACAUUCCGUGAGAAGGCUGUCAAAAGUUGUAAGGCUUACAUCUACCUAUCUCCACAGUACUCUAUGGAGCAAGAAGGUGAGAAAAUAAGUAUAACUGAGUUGUUGUCUGGGAUUGACUCUGUGAGUAGAGCUUUGGAGAAUGAGAAAAAUGAGGACUUAACUCUCAGCAGAUACUUGGAUUUAUCCUGUGGUUCUAGACCAUAUGCUAUUCCUGGGUUUCAGGUCACACAUAAAGGUAAAGAAGAUGACAAACGCCUUGACCUUCAAAUGCAGAAGAAAAAUUUAACUCACCUGGAAGUCUUUGAACCUUCUUGUGAUAGUAGAAAGCAUCCUAGCAGUAGAGAAGUACAUAAAGCAGUCAGUUGCAUUCAAAAAUAUGUGAGAAGGUGGCUUGAACACAGGGCAUUAAAGAGAGUAAAGGUUAAGUCUACAAGUCAUGGACCAUCUCUACCAGCAGUUGUAAGGUACUACUGUAAAAAGAUAGCCAACAAUAAAUACCGAGCCAGUGUUUUGGAUCUCUCUAUACCACUUCUCUAUUUUCAAUUAGAGGAAUGGAUGGACAAGAAAAAAAAAGAGAAUUUUACAAAAAUGGACAGAAAUUAUCUGCCUGAAUUUUUGAGAGGCUAUGGAUAUUCAAUACCUGCUAGUGGAAUACACCGUGUCUUCCAGCUACUCUGACCAGUUUCCACUGCUGCUGUAAGAAGCAUCGAAAAGCAUCAAACAAUUGAAAUGUCUUUUACAUUAUUUCCUCCUCUUGGUGUGAAAGUGAAGAACAUAAUUACAGUGCAGCUACCAUGUGUGCACACUCUUGUGGAUGGAAAAGAUGGAUACAAGACAUUAGGUAAAAUUUUCAACCCUAAGAAGGUUAUUAAUGCAAUGAAGGGCAUGAAGGUUUUGUACUUUCCACAUCAUCUAUUAGAACCUGUAUAUGUGGUAUAUACGUCUCCACAAACAAAUUUACCACCACCACCCCUGCCGCUGAAGAAUUGA